AUGCCGCACCUUCCGCGCGUGUCGGCGUUUCCGAUCGCUGGCGAGACGAGUAUUCUGACAGCAGCAGGCGCUGCACUCAAGGUGGCAGCAAGGGAGAAAAGCUCGGCGUUGAUCGGCCAUGUGGCUCCCGAGUUCUGCGCACAAGACCACCUAGGUCGGACUGUCUCACUGCACGCCACGAUCCAACUUGGACGUCCGAUCGUACUCUACUUUUUCCCGCUCGCCGGAUCGCCGCAUUGCACAAAGGAGAGCUGCUCGUUCCGGGAUGCGGUCGGCACGUCACCGGUUUUCAACCAGCUGGAUGCGGUCGUCAUUGGCAUCUCGCAGGACGCGCCCGCUCGCUCGAAACGGUUUGUCGACGAACACCAGCUCGGCUUCCGUAUCGUGCAUGAUUCAAAUCGGCACAUCAUGGAUGCGUGGGGUGUCGGAAGAGGUCUGCUGGGCCUAGUCGACGCUAGGUGUACCUUUAUCAUCGACCAUCGUGGCAUCGUCAGAGCCAUGCUCGAUGGCAUUUGGGAUUACAAGGGUCAUCGUGACUUUGCUGAGAGAUGGCUUUGUCGUAUCGAGCACGAUCUCGCCGGAAGACAGCGCUUCUACGUGCCACAUGAUGCUCAUUCCGUCGCCUGCGACGAGCUCUCGAGAAACGUGAAAAUCAUCUACGGAGAUGCUCUUCCUGCUCGCGGUAUCGGCACAGCUCCGCGCCAUGGAGCCGCACUCGCUGCGAUCCAAGCCAACCGCUCGUCCAUCUGGCGCAAGUCGGCAUCGUCCCAACUCGGCUCGACGUCGCUUUCGCUCUCGCUCGCCGCCGAAGCCAACCGAUUCGGCUCGUUGCAUCCUGCCAAAUCGCGGCGCAAUCUGAAAAAUUGGCUGCGUUCUUCGGAUAUCAAUGCCGCCUACGAUCAACGCUUGCAUCUGGAUUAUCAACUCAGUCGCAGCUCGGACCAGGUUGACCAACACGCACAUGCUACACUUACCGAUCGAGCGUGGCACAGACUCGCUCGGCGCCGUCGGUCGUUCAGAUUCCAUCGAGAUGCAGCGACCAAUGUCGUGGCGCGUGGCACGCGCGCCGCCACGCGUUCAGUUUCGCUUUCGCGACAAGCGUCGGCUUCGCGCCCCGGUUCGCUGACGCCUCGCACGGUCUCGACCGCUUCCGAAUCGACACGAGAGACAUGCGACACCGGGGCAGCCCGCGACUCGCAUGCGCUAAGCGUCACUACCACGAUCAAGAACGGUACCAUCACCGACGCUGUUGAGCUCGAAUGCAAAGCCAUGUUGCGUCAAAGAGCGGCUCAAGUCACACGGAAUGCGAGUGGCAUCAGUGGCGUCAGUGGCGCAGUUGGCAAGACGAUUGCCACCAAGCGUCGUUCGAACUCACUGGUCGUGAACCGCACGACGUCGGUGGCGCACAAUGGUGCAGACGCAGUACCGGAUGCAGCGAAAGCAAACAGUUCCGACGGUCACGUAUCGGCGGCUACUGUGUACGCAAAUGGCAAUAUUGCAAGGAUGCCACUACGGCGAUCGGUCAAUGGCGACACUCACGAUGGCGUCUCGCUCACGACGCGCGUCGACGCGCGCACUCGAAGCGCUCACGUCUGCAACGAUACUUCGCACGAUUCCGCCUACUCGCUCAACUCGUCUUCGCUGCCUGUUCCGCCACGACCGUCGACGCGCAAUGGCGGUGUGACAAUAGCGCCAAGAGCGUCAUCGCUUGCUAGUCGAAGCACGUCGUCUUGCUCGAUCACGUCCGAUGGCGAUCACGUGCACACGCCAAGCAGCGGCGCGCAUGCUGUGCAGCACCAAGCUGCUAUCGAAGCGAGCCGUGACGAUACACGCAAUCGGCCGGCUGCGAGACCGUCGACGUUAUCGAGCGCGCAGUCGUGCGGUGCAUGCAUCGCUUGUCGCAUGCAACCCAUCACACGCUCUUCGUCUCUCGCCACCACGCGCAGUCUCGAGCUGACCAACGCUGUUGUCGUCGGCAUCAGUGCAGUCGAAUCCGACCACACAUCCACCACACACCAAACGCGCUCAUCCAGCACUCCAAGCUUGGCCACCUCGCUCGUAUCCACGUGCUCAACAGAUCAGGAUGGCUACAUGCUACACCACGACCGCGCAUAUUCUCCCAGUCUCGCUGGCUCCGAGCAUACUUUCGGGGGCUGGCAGGAGUGA